UGCAGAUCCAAUCGCGACCGAGCAUUGGCGCGGCUUUGUGCGUCUGCGCCAUCUUCCGGCUCCACGCAGCGAGUCCGCCGGUACUGAGAAGGAAGCGCAUCUGGGUCUGCGGGGGAGCGCAACCGCGGUGGCACCUGGACACGAGGAGGCGGCAGUUCUGCCAUCUCAGGAUUCUGCUCUUCCCCAAGAGAGGAGCCAGGAGGAGGCCCCAUCAGCCCAUGAAAGUCUGAAAGUCAUGUCCAUCGGGUCAGACCUGUUCAGGGAUGUGGCCGUAGUCUUCUCCCAAGAAGAAUGGGAGCGGCUGAUGCCUGCUCAGAGGGACUUGUACAGAGAUGUCAUGCUGGAGACCUACAGCAACCUGCUCUCACUGGAUCUUGCCAUUUCCAAACCCGAUGUGAUCUCCUUCCUGGAGCAAGGCAAGGAGCCCUGGAGGGUGGAGGAGGCAGCGACCGGAGGCCUGUGCCCAGUCUUGGAGUCGAAUUAUGAUACUCAGGUCUUAUCUCUGAAGCAGUCAGUCUGUGAAGUGCCAUCGCCCCAGUGCGAGAGAACAGAAAGCCUUACAAGUUGUAGUCUCCAGUGCUCGAGUUUCCAAGAUGACUGGGAAUGCAGAAACCAAUGUGACAGACAGCAAAGGAGUCCAGGUGGACCUUUAAGUCAAAUGAUAAUCAAUCACGAAGAAAUACCCACUUUCAACUCUCAAGCAUCCCUUACUUUUUAUCAGAAAAUUCAUCCUGGAGAAAAACCCUAUGCAUAUAAUGACUGCAGAGAAGACUUCUGGCCAGAUGACUUCCUUAUCAACCAUCAAGGAAUUCACACUAAUGAGAAACCCUAUAAAUGUAAGGAGUGUGGAAAGGCCUUUAAAUAUGGCUCACGACUAGUUCAACAUGAGAAUAUUCAUUCUGGCAAGAAACCCUAUGAGUGUAAGGAAUGUGGGAAAGCCUUCAAUUCGGGUUCAAAUUUCAUACAACAUCAGAGAGUCCAUACUGGCGAGAAACCCUAUGAAUGUAAGGAUUGUGCCAAGGCCUUCAGUCGGAGCUCCCAGUUGAUCGAACAUCAAAGAAUUCAUACUGGGGAGAAACCCUAUCAAUGUAAGGAGUGUGGGAAGGCCUUCAAUCGGAUCUCACAUCUUAAAGUACAUUAUAGAAUUCAUACGGGUGAGAAGCCCUACGCCUGCAAGGAAUGUGGGAAGACCUUUAGUCAUCGGUCUCAGUUGAUUCAACAUCAGACUAUUCAUACUGGCAAGAAGCUCUAUGAAUGUAAGGACUGCGGGAAGGCCUUCAAUCAGGGCUCAACCCUUAUUCGACAUCAGAGAAUUCACACUGGUGAGAAGCCCUAUGAAUGUAAGGCCUGUGGGAAGGCCUUUAGGGUGAGUUCACAACUUAAGCAACACCAGAGAAUUCACACUGGAGAGAAACCCUACCAGUGUAAGGUGUGCGGUAGGGCUUUCAAACGGGUCUCGCACCUUACUGUGCAUUAUAGAAUCCAUACAGGCGAGAAACCCUAUGAAUGUAAGGCAUGUGGGAAGGCCUUUAGCCACUGCUCACAGCUGGUUCAGCAUCAGCUCAUUCACACAGAGGAGAAGCCCUGUGACUAUAAGGAACAGGGUAGGACUUUCCAUUGUGAUCCAGCUACUGUUCAGCAUCAGAGAAUGCAAAGUAGAGAAACACAGGUGAAUAUAAUAAACGUAGAAAAGCCUUCCAUUGGCACUUACCCCUUGUUGAUCAUCAGAGAAUUUAUGUUAGCCAGCAACCAUAUGAAUGGAAGCAAUGGGGAGAGCCCAUUGGCUUAGGCUAAUGACAGCUGUGACCUUUCAUCUCGGAGAAAGAACUGAAGUACAAGUCAGAAUGCCUUCGUUCAGAGCUGUCCUUUCUUCCGAGGCAUAAAGUUCACACUGAAGAAAAUUUUUAUGGAUGUGAAUUGUUGGGGCCAUGAUAGUCAAAGAAACAAGGAAAGGUUGGAAUAAAUUGUCUCUAACACAUUCUCGGUUCACUUUUUCUAACCACCAUGUGAUAAUUUUAACAAUAGCCAAGGUUUUCAUUUUCUUGUAUAUUGAAAAGGAAAAAUAAAUAAAACAGCCAAAUUACUAUUGGGUUAACAAGGAAAUAAAUCAUGCAGUUACCAUAAAUAGUAAAGAAAAUGAAUGAGAGGCCG